AUGGCUAAGCGACCAUUCCAAGUUGUAAGUGAGUAUCGGCGACUGGAAGAAGCAAUUGAAAACAUUUUCAAUGAAGAAGAUAACCAGAAAGUAACCUACGAAAAAAAUAAUCAUGAAUUUCAAAUAACUGUGGAUGACCUCAAAUUGUGUUUUGGCAUUCUACUAUUGACAGGUUAUCACUCACUUCCGCGAGAAAGGUUAUACUGGUCCUUGGAUGAAGACUUACAUGUUCCCAGUGUGUCUAAAGUUAUGUCAAAGAACAGAUUCGUGGAUAUAAAGAAGUGCUUGCAUUUUUGCGACAAUGACACUGCUUCUCGGUCCACCGAUAAGCUGUUCAAAGUACGACCACUUGCUGAUUUGCUUAUCAAGAAAUUUCUCCAGUGGGGUGUUUUUCAUGAAAAUUUAUCUAUAGAUGAAUCUAUGAUAAAAUAUUUUGAACGACACCCAUCGAAGCAGUUCAUAAGAGGCAAGCCAGUGCGAUUCGGUUACAAAAACUGGAUCAUUGCAAGUUAUGAUGGUUAUUGUUUCGCUUUCGAUAUAUAUUGUGGAAAAUCAGUACAGAGCAGUAAUGAGCCAUUGGAAACACGUGUUGUAAAAGGCCUCUUGAACAAAGUGAAUGCUAUUCCGCAACAGCAUAUUGUUUUCUUUGAUAAUUUCUUCACCAGCCACGCCUUGCUGCGAGAUCUGCGUGAUGCUGGCUAUCGUGCAACAGGCACUGCGAGGGAAAACAGAACGAAAAGUUGCUCACUGCUUUCCAUCAAGGAUAUGAAGAAAAAAAAACAAGCAGAAUUUGACUAUCGGUUUGAUACAGCAACUAAAAUAUUGUUCGUACGAUGGCUCUAUAACAGUGUUUGUACUAUGGGAACAAACUACGACUUUGUUCAUCCACUUGGCAAGGUGAAAAGAUGGAGCACUACAGAAGGAAGGAAGACAGACGUUGAUAUCCCUUUUGUCUUUCAAAACUACAAUAAAGGAAUGGGCUGCGUCGAUCAAGCUGAUCAGUCAGUUGCAGUAUAUAGAACAGCUAUACGUGGUAAAAAGUGGUGGUGGGUUUUAUUCACCUCUAUGCUCGAUUUGGCAGUAGCUAAUGCUUGGCGUCUACAUUUACUGACCGCUGAUGAGAAACUAGAUCAACUUCAAUUUCGUCGCAGUACUGCCCGUUUAUAUUUGAGGAAACUAGCCUCCGGAAUCGAUGGAAGACGCCACCGUAAGCCUUCUUCAGUGGUGCCAAAAAUUGUUCAAGGACACUUCGUUCAAAAGUUGAGUAAUCAGCUGCGAUGCAUAGUUUGUCACAAGAAAGCACGGUGGCAAUGCAAAAGAUGUUUGAAAACAUUAUGCAUCGAAAAGGGAUGUUUCGAGAAAUACCACACUUAA